CUCGGACGACCUUGUAGUGAAGCAUAAAUCUGAUAGUUUACACUUCUGUUGAAAUAAAAUGUCUCUGCAACAGACUGGAUUAUCAUCGUUACUAAUCAAACCCGCCCUGCUUUCUGGUGGGAGACUUUCUAAAGUGGCUACAGCUAUGGGGACAUAUCUGCUCACACGAUACUUGAGCAGCAAGAGUGAUUCCAAGGGUAAAGUAAACCUGGAGCACAGUAAAGACAGCGCCAAGGUGGUACACAGCUUCGACGUGGAGGAUAUCAGCAAGAAGGUCGUCUACUGCCGCUGCUGGAGGUCUAAAAAGUUCCCCUACUGCGACGGUGCACACACCAAACACAAUGAGGAGACUGGAGACAAUGUGGGUCCUCUGAUAAUCAAGAGGAGAGACGCCUAAUCUGACUUUUUAUCGUCCUGCUGUAGUGAAUGCAGCGAGUACCGGUGUGUUCAUGAGCACAUCCAGAUAAUCCACUGCCUUUCCUGUGUCGGGUUCAAAAGCCGUGCAGUGUUGGCCUUCUGAAGUAGACGUGUACAUUCAUGUUGUCUUUAAAAAACUACAAGUAUCAGAACGGAUUUACACGUAGACUGAUUUAUACGCCAGACACUCGUUGUGAGCCGCCAGCUGAAUGGCGCACUUCCUGACAAACCACAAGCACUUAACAGAUGCACAGUCUGCAUUUCCUCUUCUCAUAAAGACCUCCCAUGUUCCUUCCUGCUCUGCCCCGAUUAAUCAAGCCACUUUGGCCCAAAGUGUUGACGAUAUACCGCACUGCAAAUAAACGCAUUUACCUUUACAUUUUGGCAUUUAGCAGACACUUUUAUCCUGAGUGACUUAUAAUUGUGACAGAUACAAUUAAAGCAAUUGAGGGUUAAGGGCCUCGCUCAGGAGCCCAACAGUGGCAACCUGGCAGAGGAAGAGCUCAAAACAGGGACCUUGUUAUUACUAGACCAGAAUUACACAUAAACAAAACAAGUGCAAGCGCUUGAUUGGUACACUACAAAACACGAUAGCCCACGACUAUCGGUCGGCUGGGUGUCUACAUGGGCAUAUUUGUGGUGGGGGGUACUGGAGGGGUUGGGAGGGAGGUUAAUGGCUGAAGCCCUGAGAUGGAUUGUUGCCCUGUCCAGGGUAUUCCUGCAUUGCACCCAGUGUUUUCCCAGUAGGACCCAUUGCAACCCUGACCAGGAUAACGCAGUUGAUGUAAAUUAAACAAAAUAAAUAAAAAAUAUAUAUAUUA